GGUCUCUCCGGAGUCUUCUGGAGCAAGUGCUGUCGGCCGCGCUGGUGGCGGCGGCAGCGCGGUGCUGGGAAGCUGGCCCUCCGGCCUUGCCGCCGCUAGGGGCCGUUCCCCGCGCAGCACCACGGCCCCGCGAGCCCCGAGCCCGACGCGGCGGCGCCGGGCUGCCUCAGGCUCCUUCACGCCGCUGCCGGGGGCACCUGCCGGGGCAUCGCCCGGACCUCCAGCCGAGGCGCUGGCUCCCGGCCCCGGCGCUCCGGGCCGAAGCGAGGAGCGCGCUGGUGGCCCCGCGCUGCCGCCUCCCUGAACCCUCGAGGCCCUGGUCCAGAGCGACAGCCUUGGGCCGGGCUAGACGCAGCCAAGACGCUCAGCCCCGGCCGCCCGCAGGCGGGGCUCUGCAUGGUCUCUGAGAUGUCGCCCACCGUCUCGCACAAGGACAGCAGUCGGCAGCGCCGCCCGGGGACUUUCACCCACGCGCUGGAUAUGAGGAGCGGGCCUCUGCCGCCGGGCACCUGGGAUGACAGUCCCCCGGACCUGGCGGGCGGGGAAGGGGACAAAGAAGCUCUUCUGCAGGACGCCGGCACUGGGGACUUCUCGAAGCCCUCCCGGAGCUGCCGGGCCGAACUAAGCAGCAUUCUGCUGCUGCUUUUUCUUUACGUGCUUCAGGGCAUUCCGCUGGGCCUGGCGGGGAGCAUCCCCCUCAUCUUGCAGAGUAAAAACGUUAGCUAUACCGAUCAAGCCUUCUUCAGUUUUGUCUUUUGGCCCUUCAGUCUCAAGUUGCUCUGGGCCCCUUUGGUUGAUGCAGUUUACUUUAGGAACUUUGGUCGCCGCAAAUCUUGGCUUGUCCCGACCCAGUAUGUUCUGGGACUCUUCAUGAUAUAUUUGUCCACUCAGGUGGACCGUUUGCUCGGGAAUACUGAUGGCAGAACCCCCGAUGUGUUUACUCUCACUGUGGCGUUCUUUUUGUUUGAAUUCCUGGCCGCCACUCAGGACAUCGCUGUGGACGGCUGGGCGUUAACUAUGUUAUCCCGGGAAAACGUGGGUUAUGCUUCUACUUGCAAUUCAGUGGGCCAAACAGCUGGCUACUUUUUGGGCAAUGUUUUGUUUUUGGCCCUGGAAUCUGCUGACUUUUGUAACAAAUAUUUGCGGUUUCAGCCUCAACCCAGGGGAAUCGUUACUCUUUCAGAUUUCCUUUUUUUCUGGGGAACUGUAUUUUUGAUAACAACAACUUUAGUUGCUCUUCUGAAGAAAGAAAACAAAGAAUUAUCUGUUGAAAAAGAAGAAACCCAGGGGAUCUCAGAUACUUACAAGCUACUAUUUGCAAUUGUAAAAAUGCCAGCAGUUCUGACAUUUUGCCUUCUAAUUCUAACUUCAAAGAUUGGUUUUUCAGCAGCAGAUGCAGUAACAGGACUGAAAUUGGUAGAAGAGGGAGUACCCAAAGAACAUUUAGCCUUAUUGGCAGUUCCAAUGGUUCCUUUGCAGAUAAUAUUGCCUCUGAUUAUCAGCAAAUACACUGCAGGUCCCCAGCCACUAAACAUAUUUUACAAAGCCAUGCCCUACAGAUUGUUGCUGGGAUUAGAAUAUGCUCUGCUGGUCUGGUGGACUCCUAAAGUAGAACAUCAAGGGGGAUUCCCUGCGUAUUACUACAUUGUAGUGCUGCUGAGUUACGCAUUACAUCAGGUUACAUUGUACAGCAUGUAUGUUUCCAUAAUGGCUUUCAAUGCGAAAGUUAGUGAUCCACUUAUUGGAGGAACAUACAUGACCCUUUUAAAUACUGUGUCCAAUCUGGGAGGAAACUGGCCUUCUACAGUAGUUCUCUGGCUGGUAGAUCCCCUCACAGUGAAGGAGUGUGUAGGAGCAUCCAAUCAGAACUGUCGAACACCUGAUGCUGUUGAGCUUUGCAAAAAACUUGGUGGCUCGUGUGUUACAGCAUUGGAUGGUUAUUAUGUGGAGUCCAUUAUUUGUGUUUUUAUUGGAUUUGGUUGGUGGUUCUUUCUUGGUCCAAAAUUUAAAAAGCUACAGGAUGAAGGACCAUCUUCGUGGAAGUGCAAAAGGAGCAAUUAGUGCAUUCACUGCUGGACAUUCUACAAAGGUAACCAUACUCUGGGUUAAUUCAGAGAGCUGUAAGAGUCAGUGCACAGGAGUAUAAAAUAUUAUUUUAAACAAGGAAAUUAUCAAUAUAAAAUGCCAAAUGGUUAAAAAAUAGAGACCUCUCUGUGUAUUUGAUUAUACUUUUCCUUGCCUUGUUGAUAUAUUUAAAGUUUACUUAAGGUCAGGAAAUUGGUCCUAAAACAACUCUUCUGGCCUUGUUAUUUGAUUUAUGUGUUUUUAAUUUGCUGACCAAAGUAUGUUUUAAGCUGCACUGCAGUCAUCAUGGGGGGUAACCAUGCAGUCAAGUAUUGUUAUCAGUACCUACGUUGAGCUGUAUUUGAAAUUUUGGUAAAAUACAUUAAAUGGAAUAGAGCUUGAUGUUCAGGUAUGAGCUACAAGGAGUCUGCCCUUGUUGGCCAUUAAAUCUUAUUUUGAAUUGCAAAUUGGUGAAAUUCUAUGUAGGCUACUGAAAUGCCAGUUUAGUUAUUUUUCUGACCAUAACCACAUUGUACUAAUGAAUCUGUUAAAAAGACUAUUUUAAAUGUAUUUCCUGCUUUUGUAAGCAUUAAAGAUUUAUAAGAAGAUUAUUCAGACUAUUUUUUAUAAAAUGAAAGCUGUGAUUUUUAAUUUAUUGAUUCCCCUGCCUCCUUUCUUUUGGAAGAUAUUUUGAUUCCUUGUUACCUUAAAGCUUACGUAUGUUUUUGUCAUAAGUGCUUUGUGGCACACAGACAGCUCAUGAGGGAUCAAAUUUAGUGUGGUAUGUAUGUUCAUGGCAAAGUUUUGAAAAUAAAAAACGUUUUUCUUCAAGUAGUGUUUUUUUAAUUACUGAGAAAAAAACAGUAAAGCUUUUCGAUUAAUUAAAAUUUACAUGAGUAAUACCGUAAUUGUAGAAACUAAUGCUUUAAAGAGAGAAACAAAGACAUUUUGUGCCUUUGACAAAUUAAAUCAUGUGGUGGAAGAAUGUUUCUUAAUUAAGCACUUUACUAGUGAGAAAGAUCUCACAAUUACUUUAUACCAAAUCAGGUACUGUAUUUCCACUUAUUAAAACACAACCUUCUGUUUAUAAACUAUAGUUUCCAGUGGAGAAUUGCUGUCCCAGGAGAAUUAAGCUUUUGAGUUCUUUAGCAGCUUCCAACAUGUAAUGUAUACCUGGUAGUAAGGUUCUUUGCAUAUUUUGUGUUGUGUAUUACUCUGACUCUUUAGAGAUUAUAGAAUUCCUUCAAAAGUUAGAGAAAAAGAGAGAUUAAGUUGAGUCUUACUUAGUAAUUUUGUCUUUGUGGGCAAAUAUGUACUAACUCCUGAUUUUGUUAAUUUUAUAACAUAGGUUGAAUUGUAGAGUGGGGUUUUUAUAAGUUAUGGAGGAUAAAAUGGGUGGGAGGAAAUGGCACAGCGUCUGAAGGAAGACGACGUGGUGGUCUCUAGCACUCACGCACUGCCCUUGGAAGGCCUCUGUGGGCGUCGGUGUCAGAUCCUGAAGAAUGCCCUCAAGAGUCAUCCGAGAGGAGGCAGCCACACUCAGCCACAGACUGCAGUACUGUGCCACAAAGGUUGUCUAUUAUCUUGUGUUAUAAUGAAAAUGUUGCUUGAAUAAAAAAAAAACCCACUUAAUUCUUA